AUGAAUCUUGCAAAUUUCUCUUACUUUUCUGGCAUGUGUAACAUGACUGCUGAGUCCCAGCAGUCGCCAGCCGAUGCGGCCAGCCCGCUGGUCAUGUUGCCUAACGUGAGUCUGGACUCCCCGAUACCGCCACCACCACUGAAGCUGCCGGCCCGGACGAAGGACGGGGUUCUGAUCAAGUCUGAGCCCCGGGGACCUAGUCCGAACACGGACCGAGAGGAGGGAGCUGCUCUGGGUCAAACCGAGGAGCUCAUGCCCACGGGGAGUCGACGGAGGAAGAGGCCCGUUCAGAGAGGGAAACCACCCUACAGUUACAUCGCUCUCAUAGCCAUGGCCAUCGCCAACUCCCCCGAGAGAAAACUCACACUUGGUGGUAUUUAUAAAUUCAUCAUGGAACGUUUUCCCUUUUAUCGAGAGAACUCAAAGAAGUGGCAAAACUCCAUCCGCCACAACCUCACCCUCAACGACUGCUUUGUCAAGAUUCCCCGGGAACCUGGAAGGCCUGGUAAGGGAAACUAUUGGACUUUGGACCCCGCCGCUGAAGACAUGUUCGACAACGGGAGUUUUCUGCGAAGGAGGAAAAGAUUCAAGCGCACUGACGUAAGCACGUAUCCUGGUUAUUUGCAGAGCUCUAGCGCGUUCACCUCGACCUCCAUGGGCAGACCGGCAUACCCCAACACCCUGUACCCAGGAAUAGGAUCGGGUUACGGAUCACAGCUGGCAGCUUCCCCCCACCCGGGGAUGCUGCAUCAUUAUCAGACCUCUGCCGGGGUCAGUCAAGGGCAGCCAAGAAUGUUCAGCAUCGACAACAUCAUCAGCCAGGAGUCGGUGAUGCAGGGAGGAGAGCUCAACCCCCUGGGGUUAGGCGGUGGUGACCUGGGCACCAUAUCAGCUAGCUGCUCCCUCACUGGCACUGACCCCUCCAAUUGCUUCCAGAUGCAGACUGUCAAUCCCUCAGGGAAUUCACUGGGCAGAGGCGGUGGAGGACUGUCAUCAAACCUGGCACCCGGUUAUCCAUACUCUUCCUCAGCAUCUCCUCCCCACCUGCCUUCCAUGACGCAAUCCAGUUUCUCUCCAGGUACUUCUCAGGUGUACUGCACCGGGAACCGAAUGUCUCUACCAACCGUGCGCUCCGGGUCUUGCGCCGAACACACUGAGCAACUAUUGGGUCUCUCCAGCCCAAUGAACUCUUACAACAACUCUUACAUGAGGCAAGCCAACUUUGCGUCAGGACUAGAUCGGUAUAUGUGAGAAACUGAUUUUUAUAGAGACAAACAACAAGAGCCUCAAAAUACAUUCCAUUUGAAAUAGGUGUGACACCUCUUCUUUGUUUGAAAUGCCAAAAUACAUUCCAUUAUAGUUGUGUUCAUUUCUCAGUGCUUUUGGUUCGUUUGCCU